CUUUCUUUCUAAGUUACUCAUCUCUUUUCUCUUCUUCUGAUUCUCCACACUCCUUAAUGGAGUAUUAUCAACCGGUGGAGAUUAACGUUCUCUCAGCUCAAGAUCUCGACUCCGUCAAUCUUUUGUUCAGACCAACAGUCUAUGUUUCCGUCUCGGUCACACGUGGUUCACGUGACAAGCAAGUCACUCCAGCUGCUGCAUGCGGUAAGAAACUCUUACGGUGGAAUUACCGUAUGAAAUUCUAUAUAGAAGAUGACAAGGUUCGAAGGAAUGAGUCAGUGCUUGUGUUUCAAAUCAAGUGUAAGAGAUUUUUCGGGUCCGACCAAGUCGUUGGGAAACUUUUCGUACCGGUAAAGCAAUUGCGUCACUUGAAUGAAGAGAAGACGAUAACCGAGGAUACCAAUAUAAAUUAUCAGGUCAUAACCGAGGCCGGAAAACCAAAGGGUAGUAUAUGUUUAGGGUUUAGAUUUGGAUGUAUUUUUAGGGGACAAGUCAGAGGUUGUAAUUCGGAUAUUGCUAGGGUUCAUGAGGGUUGUAGAUUAGGAGUUUGGGGAAAUAUUAGACAUGAGCCAUCAGCUCCUUGUGAAGACGAUAUCUAUGCGUAGAAAUUGAUUAAUUCGAUUAUUUCGAAUAUUUUCAUAUCUUGUUUUUGUUAUAUACAUUUCAUCCUAAUCAACUCAAGUUAAAAGUUAAAUAUAAAAUAAAAUUUAGCCUGAAAAGAUAGAUUCUCGUUACCCUUCGCGUAUGGUGUCAAUCAGUCAAUAGUGAAUCAUAUGUGUUUUAGUAUGGUUGAAUUUAAUCGACUACAGUUUGUAGGUUUCAAUUAUCAGUGAAACUAUAUAAUGUAUUACAGUAUCAGUUCUAUAAUAAAUAUUCAAAACAUAAAAUAUGUAUUGAU